GUAUGGCUCGAGGUCCAAAGAAGCAUUUGAAGCGUUUGGCCGCUCCAAAGAAUUGGAUGUUGGACAAGUUGGGUGGCGUUUUUGCUCCACGUCCCAUGUGCGGGCCUCACAAACUUCGUGAAUCGCUUCCUCUUAUUUUGUUUCUUCGUAAUCGUCUAAAAUAUGCACAAUCUUAUAAUGAAGCUAGGAUGAUUUGCAAACAACGUCUCAUCAAAGUCGAUGGCAAGGUGCGUACAGAAAUGCGCUUUCCCGCUGGAUUCAUGGAUGUGGUUUCCAUUGAGAAGACUGGGGAAGUCUUUCGUCUUCUCUACGAUGUCAAGGGACGUUUCAUUACACAUCGCAUACAAAAAGAGGAAGGUCAGCUGAAAUUGUGCAAGGUAGUAAAGCAAGCGAUUGGACCAAAACAAAUUCCUUAUAUUGUUACUCAUGAUGCCCGUACAAUUCGCUAUCCGGAUCCUCACAUCAAGGUUGACGACACCGUUGCUGUUGAUAUAAACACUGGAAAGGUUACAGAUCACAUUAAAUUUGAUUCUGGAAAUGUUUGUAUGAUUACUGGUGGUCACAACAUGGGACGUGUUGGUAUUGUUGGACAUCGUGAACGUCACCCUGGUUCUUUUGACAUUGUUCACAUUAAAGAUAGUGCUGGACAUGCUUUUGCUACACGACUUAAUAACGUGUUUAUCAUUGGAAAAGGAACUGUUCCGAUGAUUUCUUUGCCUGCCGAUAAAGGAAUUCGACUUACCAUUGCUGAGGAAAGAGACAAGCGUUUGGCGCAGAAACACAAGGCUGGUCAAUAA